UGUUACCAUCUACCUACCCCUCCCCAUUGCACAUGCACCACACUAGGGAAACGCUUCAUGAAAGCAACACUAUUCUAAUUACUGAUGGUUUUUAUUAUGUCUAGCGUUCUUCUAUUACAUCCACCCCAGCUCCUCCUCCUCCCCUGACCCUGGCUCUUCUGCUGCACUGGAACCAGAAUGCGCUGAAAGAAACCAGAGCCUGCAGCUCGCAGAGUGACUAAGGAGUUAAGCAGAAUAGCCGCUGCCGUGCAUGCCGGGAAGUGCCUGAGUCUGGGUAAUGUAGUUGUGCACAGGCAGGAAAUGGCUGCUGCCUGCUCCGACUUCUGCUACUUCUCCCGUUCUGCUGCCACAAUUAGCACUUUCUUUCUUUCGAUGGCUCCAUAGAAUCGGUCAGGAUUGCCAGGCUCUGUCCUACUGCCAAGGAAAGUUCCCUAAUUGAAACUAGAGCAGAAGAGCAAGUUCGCCAUUCAUCAGACGGGAAGGUCUCUUGGUUUAUCAUGGCUGAAAAUAUUGAGGAUAAACUCAAUGAUCUUGAUGUCAGGCCAAAGAGCAGCCGCAGUCGAAGUGCAGACAGAAAAGAUGGGUAUGUCUGGAGUGGCAAGAAACUUUCUUGGUUGAAUAAGAGUGCACACUCAUCUGAUGGGGAUGCCAUAAAUGUGCUAGAAGAUGAGGAUUGUUCCUCUCGAAGCCAAGAAAGAAAGCACAGCUGCACUUCUAUUGAACUUGAUUUGGAUCGAUGUGGACAUAAAAUGUUAGGGCGGUCUCUGAAACAAAAGUUGCAGGAUGCUGUGGGACAGUGUUUUCCCAUCAAAACUUGCAGCAAUCGACACGCCUCUGCUCUGACUUCCAAACGAAAAAUUCACAUAAGUGAGUUGAUGCUAGACAAGUGCCCCUUUCCCCCCAAGUCAGAUCUGGCUUAUCGAUGGCAUUUAAUUAAAAGACACACAGCACCAGUGAGUCAGAGUAAGGAGGAAAGGGUAAUCAAUGAUGGCUUCGAUCUUGAUGGCAAGGAAAUCCAGGUUCAAGACCAGAAUUCCGAUGGUGGUGCGGACUGUUUGUUAGAUGGACAUGCCACAUCUUGUAUAGUGAACAUUGGUAAUGUAGAAUCACUUGCUACCAAAGGUGCUAGAAGCAUCAAGGAGGACAGUGACCUUGAUUCAGAUGAUGAAGCUGUCACAUUGUGUUCUAGUUCCAGAAAAAGGUACAAGCCAAAGUGGGAAACAGAUGAUGAGAGCUUUCAGGCAGAAACUCCUCCAAAAUACCAUACCCAGAUUGACUAUGUCCAUUGUCUUGUCCCAGACCUCUUUCAGAUCAAUAACAAUCCAUGUUAUUGGGGCGUAAUGGAUAGGUAUGCAGCAGAGGCUCUCUUGGAAGGGAAACCAGAGGGCACUUUUUUACUUCGAGAUUCUGCACAAGAAGAUUAUUUGUUUUCUGUUAGUUUCAGACGCUACAGUCGCUCAUUACAUGCUCGGAUUGAACAAUGGAAUCACAAUUUUAGUUUUGAUGCUCAUGAUCCAUGUGUAUUUCAUGCUCCCAAUGUUACUGGCUUGUUAGAACAUUAUAAAGACCCAAGCUCUUGUAUGUUCUUUGAACCUCUCCUUUCUAGCCCUUUAAACAGAACUUUUCCCUUUACCCUUCAGCACAUAUGCAGAGCUGCCAUCUGUAGCUGUACAAGUUAUGAUGGGAUUGAUGCUCUCCCCGUCCCUUCUUCCAUGAAACUGUAUUUAAAGGAGUACCACUAUAAGUCCAAAGUGCGGGUUCGGCGAGUGGAUGUACCAGAACAACGAAACACGAAACGAUUUUAGAGCUUUCAUAAGCAAAUAACACGAUGUAUAAGAAUAUAUUAUCUUCAUUUUUUUAACCCAACCCUGUUGCCAAGGUAGCCUGUGAAUGCUGGCUUCCAAAAUAGCAAAUGGGUUUAUUAAAUACAUUUCUCGGCCUUGAUGGAACUCUGCUUUGCAGUGGUCUUCCCAUAAUCCUUUGUAACUGCUACCUUAUUUUAAUACUGAACUCUUAUUUACCUGAAUGGUAGUUAAUAUGUUACUCAAAACUGAAACCCUUUUUAGAGAGAGGGACAUGCAAAAUAUAUUGUUCGUGUCUUUGUUAGCAAAUGUAUAGAUUAUGAAAGACACUGUCUUAGUUAGUUACCUUAGUUUACAAAUCGGACUUGUUAAGAAGCUGUUUUGCACUGUCCAUACAAUGUUCUUUUCCAAUACCUAUGCACUUUAAUUUCCAGUAUCCACAGUUUCUAUACAUGGUGAUGCAUCAACACAAUAGCAGUGUAUAACAUAUAGUUUUCCAAAGCAGAACAAAAUAAAUAAUCUCAACAUA